AUGCAGACGAAGAACCAGAAGCACCACCCUCCGACCACUCCCGGCGCCGUCUACUAUACCCAUGGAUACAGCAUGGGCAGCGACGAGGUCGCAUUGAUGGAGACCAUUAUCGCAGUGCAGAAGAGGGCCGUCGAGUACCUCGACAGCAACGAGUCCAACAGCGACCCGCGUCUCAGGCUCGUCGCCUCACGCGUUGCCCAAUGGCUCCCGGAAUCGAUUGAACAUGAAGCGGAAAAGGCCAAAGCUGCAGUCCGGCGGAUUGCAAUCGAGCUCGACGACCUCUGGUACAACCACCGCGACACGAUGGAGAAGCUCACCAAGGGCGACGAGGAGCUCGACCCCAAGGCGCUCGAGCGCGCCAUGAGGCCCCGGGAGGAGGCGGAGGCGGCACACAAGGCGCCCUUGUUCGACAUCACCGUCAAGCGCGACGGGCAGGAGAUCUCCCUUGACAACGGGCCCAUCGUCAUCGCUCCUGGCUCUUCCAAAGUUGUCUUCACCUGCAAGCGCCGUCGCGCGCCGGCUGCGCAGCCCACUGCCAAUGCCACUGCCGCGCCUCGUGUUGCCGCCGCUGACAAAGGGAAGGCGUCGGCCCAUGCGGCACCCAUCACCACCACCGCGCCCACCACCGACGACCCCGCCACUACUGAGCCCAUAUCCGCGGGGUCCAAUGCCACGUCCGCUGCGCCGCGUUCGAAGACGCCUGCGUCGCGUCGCGCGGCGAAUAAGGAAAAGGACGCGGGCGAGGGCGAAGGCACUGACAGCCCCAACAUCCCCACUCCUAUCCCGAGGGCAACACCGGAGAAGAAGCGCAAGCCUUCCUCCCGGAUCGAGAAAGCCCAAAUCCCUGCGCUCGACCUCUCGGGCGGUGCUGCAGAGGAGGAGGCGCCGGCGCCGCCUCAGGACGAUGCUGCUGAGGGCGAUGCCCCCGAGCCUGCGCCUGUCGCCGGGCCGUCGAAGCCGCGCAGGGCGUCGUCGCGCAAGGCCGCCUCCUCGAAGGCUCCUGAACCCAAAGCCGCUUCUCCCAAGCCUGCUAAAGCAAGGGCUGCUGCCAAGGCGGCUGCUACCAAGGCUGCUACCAAGGCCGCCACUACCAAGGCCGCCGCUACGAAGCCUGCCGCAUCCAAGGCUGCUACGAAGCCUGCACCCUCCAAGGCCGCUGAUAAGAAGCCCGUCGCUUCCAGGGCCCCCACUCCCAAGGCCCCGGAGCCUCAGGAGACAGCCGCUGGACCGUCGAAGCCUAGCGCUAACAAGCGCAAGCGCACCGAGGAGGUCGAGGAGGAGCCCACCGCUGCAGAGGAGGCCCGCCCCACGAAGGGCCGCAAGGCUACCAAGGCGCAGACUACCGUCGAGCCCGCCAGGCGCUCUACGCGCAGCAGGUCCACUGUCCCGCGCGACUAACUGAACGCGCCACUCUCGACGGACACUUAUAUCUCUCAUCUGACCGCAUGCAUGUAAUCAUCUCGCCUGUACGUAUCUGGCUGCCGCCCCCUUUCCCUGGCUGUUCCUCUAGUCACGGAUACCCCCUUGCCACCGCAUACCUCGAAGCUGGUUGAAUUAGUACACACCGUU